UUGGUUCAGACUUGCUCCGAGAAGUCUUGUGUCCUUCCGCGACCGCCGUACUUGCGAUAGCAACAUGGCGGCUGACGGUGGCUGCCCCAAGGAUUUUGUGGUGUAUGGGACUCCCCUGGAGCCUCUGGAAGACGACGAGGGCCCAAAGAAGCCAAUCCCCCUCCACGAGCAGACGGUCAAGGAUGAAAAGGGGCGGUACCAGAGGUUCCAUGGCGCCUUCACCGGAGGCUUCUCCGCUGGUUAUUACAACACUGUGGGCUCCAAAGAAGGGUGGACGCCGUCGACUUUUGUGUCGUCAAGGCAACAGAAGGGGGACAAGCAUCAUGCCACACCAGAAGACUUCAUGGAUGAGGAGGACAUGGGCGAGCACGGCAUCGCUCCCGCCCAAAUCACCACCACACAGCCGUUUGCGUCCAGCCACAACGCCGGCGACAAGGCGAGGGCGGUGAACGCGCAGACGGCGGUCAUCCCCGGGGACACUUUGCUGGAGGAGCUGAUCGCCCCAGCCAGGUCUUCGGUGGGCGUGGAGCUUCUGACGAGGAUGGGCUGGAAACCGGGACAAGGGGUGGGGCCUCGUGUGAAGAGGAGGGCUCGCCGCCAACACACAGCAGACAGCGCCGUCAGAGUGUACGGCUGUGCUCCGCCCCCCAACGGCUCGGAGGGUUCAGAGGAGGAAGAAGACGAUGAAGAGUUUGCUCCGGAGAACGUGACCUUCGCCCCCAAAGACGUGAGCGCGGUGGACUUCAGUCCCAGGACUGGGCCUCAGGGUCUGGGCUACAGCGGUCUGGACCCGGGCCUGGCUCUGGGGGGCCGGGGGGCCGGCGAGCACAUCGACUUGUUCCAGCCGAACUCCGACGCCAGGAGUCGACUCUUCGGAGAGGCUCCGAACAGCUCGCGGCGACGCGGCGUGGCCGGACAGGCUUUUGGCGUGGGGGCGCUGGAGGAUGACGACGAAGAUGUGUAUCACAAAGACUCCAUGUCCAAAUAUGACGUGGUGCUGGAUGGGGAGGAGCCUGGAGAUGGCCUCUACGGAUGGACGGCGCCUGAGCGCAAGGCCAGAAAACCAAACCUCAAGGAGGCGGACUACAUCGGUAAAAUCUUGGAAGGUUUUACGUUGGCACAGAAUACCGAAGGACACAAAACUUUCUUUCGCCCUCCAGUGCUGCCCGCCAACUAUCGGCCCGUUCAUCAUUUUCGACCCCCAGUGGAGAUCUCACAUGUGACCGGGGUCAGUGCGGCACUGGCCGAAGCUCUGAAGUCAUCCAGGGGUCACAUGGUGAAGGAGGAGCCUCCACAGGGAGGACGUCAUCAGUUGGUGUCCGGCCAGAGAAUGGCGAUGCUGGGAGAAGACUCCUUAAAAGGUCCCACUUCAGUCAUGGAUCUGCUAAGGCCUGAAGACAGAGAGCGACUGCUCCGCCUCCGCGCCGCUUCUGGCGCCGAUCCGACAACCGCCCCUGCUCCGACAACCGACCCAGCCCCGACAAUGGCUCCCCCCCAUAAUACCAUGCGCCCUGUCGCCCCGAUGCCCCUAAGUGGGGCUGGCAGUGCCGCGUCCUCCAGUUUGAAGCAGCAGCAGGAAGCCAUGGCGGCGUGGAAAGGACACACCACCUCGCACGCGUUCAAGCCCUUUGAGGAGAACGCCAGCAAGCAAGCUCGCUACAGCUUGUACCUGAGCCGCCUCCAGCAGGGGGAAAAAGACGCCCUUGGCCAAAGUUUGGAUCCGGCCAUGACGGAGUGGGAGCGCAGCCGGGAAGGGGAGGAGUUUGUCCGAGCCUCCAUCUUGUACCGACCCAUCUCUUCCGUGCUGUCGAGUCGCUUCACUCGAGCCAAAACCCAGGAAGAUGACGACGAGAACGUGGAAGUAGACCGAGACCAGGAGCAUGACCUCAAUGACAAACAAGCUGCUGUCAGGAUGAAAAUGUUUGGACAACUCACCAGAGAAACCUUUGAGUGGCAUCCUGAUAAACUUUUGUGCAGAAGAUUCAACGUGCCCGACCCUUACUCUGGGUCUUCCACAGUUGGUCUUCCCAAAGUGAAGCGAGACAAGUUUUCUGUCUUCAACUUCCUGUCAGUGACAGAGAGCAGCGGAAGCACAGCUCCAGCAAAGGCUCUGCAGACCGUCAAGAAGUCCAGAUGGGACCAGGAAGCGGAUAAGAGCAACCCGCUCGGUGAGCUGAUCAGCGAGGCCAGAGAGCAAACAAGUGACGCCACUUUGGACCAAGAGACAGAAGCAUCGCCCAGUACAAUUUCUGAGCCGGCAGCAGACAACAAAACAAAGGAACGUAAUAAUGGCAACGAGGAUGAGAGUGAGGACGAGGACGACGACGAGGAGGAGGACGAGGACGAGGACAAGGAAGAAGAAGUGGAGGAGGAGAGCCGGCCCCCCAUGGACUUGUUCAAGGCCAUUUUUGCCAGCUCCUCCGACGAAAAAUCCUCUUCGUCCGAUGAAGACGGUGAGGAGGAGGAGCCAAAAGAGGAAGAAGUCAAGCCGCAGCCGACAAACCUCUUCAACAUCUCGUCGACUUCCUCCGUCACGAGCACGGUCACCGUCACCAGCACCGCCACCAGCACCAGCACCGUCACCAGCGCCAGCACCGUGACGACGUCCUCGCAGCAGACCGCGUCCGUUUCCUGUCACAUGCCAUCAGAGGAAGUGCUCGAGUUCGGUCCCAAGCUACCGCCUCCAUGGCUCGGCCCAGCCAAAGGGGGCGCUACUUCCCCCAAUGAGUGGGAGAAGAGUAAAGACAGGAAACACAAGAACAAGAAGCAACACAAACACAAAAAAGACAAGAAGAAGAAGAAAGCCAAGAAGCACAAACACAAAGUGAAGCAGGAGAAGAAGAAGAGGAAGAAGAAGGAGCAGAUGUCCUCCAGCAGCUCAGAGCAGAGUAAUGAUGAUGACGACGACGAAGAGGUGCUGUCUACAGAGGACAUACUGAAAAGGCUGAAGAGCGUCACAUCAUCACUGGCAGCAAAGUGACCUGUGCCCACAUCACGGAUGAACAUUCUAAUGACUUUUAGAAAGAACUGACCUGACGACAUCAUCACGUGAAUAAAACCUAUUUUUUAUCGUUUGACGGCAGUAAAUAAACGACACAAUUCACAAAGAUCUUCAUCAUCAAUGCGAGGCUCAUCAGAAGACGCUCUGCUGCAGACAGCGGCAGCCGCAUCCCGCCGGGCACUCGUCCUGGCGGCGGAACCAGUCCAUCAUGUGACCCGUGUGACCGCCGUGACCGCAGCUUAGGCAGAAGUGGGAGGAGCCACGCACGGCCACGUGGCACACGGCGCAUUGGAAGGUAAGGCGCCUGCACACGGCGCACUGCGUCCCCCGCACCUGGCUGCGACAGUGGCAGCAGAACACGCCAAACUCUGCGCCGAGACAGACGGGGUGUUAGCGUUGAUGCAAGACGGACAGGAAGUCGGCAACGUACCGACUCCUUGGUGCGGCUCCGGGGGGCAGGAAGCAAACUUGAGAACGUCGGCUCGUUUGUCCCGGAGACCCCAGCGGUACAAGAUUUCCCCGUAACACUUCUUGAAGUCGUCAAACUGCAGCGUGUUGGUCGGGUCUAAAAGCCUGCAGGGGACAGGAAGUGACAUCACUUCCUGUUGGUAGAGUGGCCGUGCCAGCAACUUGAGGGUUCCAGGUUCGAUCCCCGCUUACGCCAUCCUCGUCACUGCCGCUGUGUCCUUGGGCAAGACACUUUACCCACCUGCCCUGAGUGCCACCCACACUGGUUUAAAUGUAACUUAGAUAUUGGGUUUCACUAUGUAAAAGCGCUUUGAGUCACUAGAGAAAAAAGCGCUAUAUAAAUAUAAUUCACUUCACUUCACAGUUCCGCAUUAACACAUACUUGCCAACCCUCCCGGAUUUUCCGGGAGACUCCCGAAAUUUAGCACCUCUCCCGAAAACCUCCCGGGACAAAUUUUCUCCCGAAAUUCAGGCGGAGCUGGAGGCCAUUCUUAAACAGGACAAUACUGCCAUCUAGUGCAUUUGAUGAAAGCACUUUUGUGCGUGCCACACAGCAAUGCAUAAUCAGAGAGGGUGUUCAGCAUGGUUAGAAAGAUAGUGACAGAGAAUAGAACAAGGAUGGACAAUUCAACCCUUAACUCAACAAUGAGUAGAUGAGUGUUAUGUGUGUGUGUAUAUGUGUAAAUAAAUGAACACUGAAAUUCAA